AUGAGUAUGAUUUUUUGAUCUUUGACUCAUGUAUUUAGCUUGAUCCCAUGCUGCUUUCUUUCCUUCUGGGAAGACCUUCCUAACUCUCAGAAGGAGAAUGGUGUAGGGGGAAAAAGUCUGCAAAAAGUAAACGAUAAAUGUUUGUCAAACUGAAGAACCAAUAUGGAUAAAUCAGACUACAGAUACCCACGUACACAAAUAAAGCCUGAUUUGCCAUGAUGGAAGAGGAACAGCAGAAGCAACAUUCACACUGUGUGAAUUGUAUCAGUAGACGAUGCAUGGCUCGACCAGAAACUGGAAUUUCCUGUGAUUUGAUUGGUUGUCCAUUGGUUUGUGGAGCAGUUUUCCACUCAUGCAAAGCUGAUGAACAUCGAGUAUUGUGUCCACUUGAACGAGUGCCUUGUUUAAAUAGUGGCUUUGGGUGUCCUUUUACAGUUACCCGAAGUAAAAUUGCUGAACAUCUAGAAAUAUGUCCUGCAAGUGUGGUAUGCUGUACCAUGGAAUGGAAUAGAUGGCCGGUUAGUUAUGCAGACCGAAAAUCUUAUGAAAAUCUAAGCAGAGAUGUCGAUGAAGUGGAACAAUUAGACAUGGCAUUGGCCCUUCAGGACCAAAGGAUGCUCUUGGAAUCUCUCAAAGUUGCCACUAUGAUGUCAAAAGCAACUGAUAAAAUAUCAGAAUCCAGAGAACAAAUUCCAGUUAAAUCAAGUGUCCCUGAUGUACCACACACUAAUGGUUUGGUGUCUGUUGAUGGAGAAUCUUAUGGUGCACUCUACCAAGCUACUGUAGAAACAACUAGAAGUUUGGCUGCUGCAUUAGAUAUCCUAAACACCGCUACACGAGACAUUAGUAUGUUAAAUACGAGGCUGUGUGCUUCUCCAAGUGAAAUGGAAGAAGAACAAAAUUCUGCAGAAAGCUUGAAGAUUAAGACUUCAAAAGAUUGUGAAUAUCCAAAUGAAGAUGAGAUGGGAGCAGUUGGUGGAUUUGACCAAAAUGUGUCUGGUCAGAAUUCUCAGUCUGAACAAAAUGGCUCAAAUGAUUUCUGUUGUGACUUGAAUGAUAGUUUUGAUAGCACUUCUGCUUUCUGUAAUGGCUUUCAUUUGGAUAAUAUGAAUACAGAGGUGAUGGACCAUAAUGAGGAUUUUACUAGUGAAUCAGAUCUAUGUAAUUUAACAAAUGGUGAAUGUGCACCUUCUGAGGAAGCUUUGCCAACCAACUCACUUUCAGUAGCAGCACAAUUUGAAGAAGGAAUACAGUCCAGUACUUUGCCUAAUGGAACAGUUCAGCAUAUCCUCUUACCAGAUGACUCCACUGGAGGGGAAGUACUAGAAAAUAAAGCAGAACAAGAAGGAUUGAGGAAUGUGGAUGUCCUUUCUUUAAUUCGGCCCCAGUCAUUUAAAUUUUUUUCUGGUUCCUGUUGGUUCAAAGCAAAGGAAGAUAAAGCAGUAGAUACGGCAGACUUGGAAGUUACUGAGGACCCCAUGGGCCUUCAAGGAAUAGAUUUAAUCACAGCUGCUUUGCUGUUUUGUCUAGGAGAUUCUCCUGGUGGAAGAGGUAUAUCUGAUAGUCGUUUUGUUGAUGUCUGUCACGUUGACUUUGGGACUCAAACUUUUUCACUUCCUUCUGCAAUUUUAGCCACAAAUACAAUGGUUGGGGAAAUAGCUUCAGCUUCAGCUUGUGAUCAUGCCAACCCACAGCUGUCAAAUCCAAGUCCUUUUCAGACACUUGGACUGGAUUUAGUAUUGGAAUGUGUGGCAAGAUACCAAAUCAAGCAACGUUCAAUGUUUACAUUUGUUUGUGGACAAUUAUUUAGAAGAAAAGAAUUUUCUUCUCAUUUUAAGAAUGUUCAUGGUGACAUUCAUGCUGGACUCAAUGGCUGGAUGGAACAGAGAUGUCCUUUAGCUUAUUAUGGGUGUACGUAUUCUCAGCGUAGGUUUUGUCCUUCAACACAAGGGGCAAAGAUUAUACAUGAUCGUCAUUUGAGAUCAUUUGGGGUUCAGCCAUGUGUUUCUACAGUAUUAGUAGAGCCUGCUAGAAACUGCUUACUUGGUUUACAUAGUGACCAUUUAAGUAGUCUUCCUUUUGAGGUCCUACAACAUAUUGCUGGAUUUUUAGAUGGUUUUAGUUUAUGCCAGUUUUCAUGUGUAUCACGGCUAAUGAGGGAUGUGUGUGGCAGUCUGCUUCAGUCCCGUGGAAUGGUCAUACUUCUCUGGGAAAAAAGGAAAUACCCUAAUGGACAUUCAUCAUGGCAGAUACGAGAAAAGGUAUGGAGAUUCAGUACUGCAUUUUGUUCUGUGAAUGAGUGGAAAUUUGCUGACAUCCUUAGCAUGGCCGACCACUUGAAGAAAUGCAGUUAUAAUAUUGUAGAGAGAAGGGAAGAAGCUAUUCCAUUACCAUGUAUGUGUGUAACACGGGAACUCACUAAAGAAGGACGAUCACUACGCUCAGUCUUGAAACCUGUACUUUAAAUGAUAGUUACUCCUUUUGCGCACAUACAAUCACACCCACUAUCACCUCUGUGUAAUAUGUGACACUUUAUUAAUGUACUAAAGAUAAUGUCUAGCAAAAUCUUCUGUCACUAUGUAUAUAAUGUUUUGAAGUGACAUUUAUUUUUUAUAAAAUAAGUACAAUUUAGUUGAAACAAUUUGCCUUAAUGUUUAAAACUUUUGAAACUUGCUGGACAGGAUAGUUUUUUCUAACUUAUGUUGGUCAUAUUUUUGUUGAAUUGAUAUUUAGAAUUAGUAUUUUUAAUGUGUGCAUAUUUCAGAUAACAAAUUUUUUGAGUUUGAUAUACUAACAAGAUCCUGACCAAAUGAUUUUGUACUUGUUUUCUGCAAGGUGUGACUCUUUGCAUUCAAAAACUGAAACAAUUAAGUUUGCAAUAUAUAUUUUAGAUUUUAAAAUAACUAAGCUAUUUUAGUACUGCCAUAAAAAUUCUGCGGCAUUCUUGUUCUAAGUACUUUCCUUUUACAAUUGUUGACAUAUAGGUGACCUAGAAUGUAUUGUUUAGAAAGCAGUGUGUGUUAAGCAGUGUGAUUGAAACAUUUAUUGUUUCUUUAAAAUACUCAAAGGUUAAUUACUUUUGUGUAUUUUUGAGAGUCGCACAGAAAGCAAAACUAUUUCUACCUAUUUUUGUUAUAGCUAACACCAAACUUCAUGGAAAUAUGUAAUAGUAACAAGUUAAAGUAAAAUCAUAAAAGAUGAAUGCUUAAAAAUCUUUGCAUAUGCAUUUACUUUAACUCGAAUCUGUUUGUGAUGUUACUUAUUUUGCUAGAUAUUGAUAAAGUUUUAAGAGAGGUGGGUAUAUUGCUUCUCAGCCUUUUUGGGCUAAGAUCAAGUGAAGAAAGGUGGGGAAAUAUAUACCUCAUUUUAGGUUGUGAACUAGAACUAUCAAAUGCACAAAUUUUAAAUAUUCAAAGGGCUUAACUUAUACAUUUUUAUGGGCCUUAAAAAGCAUUCUGUUUUUUACUUUGGUCAAAAAAUGCCACUGUAUGUUCUAAGGGGCAUCUUGAAAUAUCAGUAAAUAGUAUAUUGUCUUCAUAAGAUGACAGCCCAUUAACUACAUAAAUUCAUCUUAAGCCAUUCUCACCCACCUUUAAAAACACUACCAGACAGUUUCCAUACAGUCUUCCAUAACGGGAAAUGAGAAUGAUAUUUUUGGAUACAAAUCAAGUAGUGUUAAGUAAUAUAUCCCAUGAACAUCACACUUGGAGUAUUUCAUUAUAUCAGCUUUCUGUGGAUUGUGGUUGAUGACUAAUGCCACUAUUUAGAAUAAGAAUGAGUGGAUAAGCAUUUGAGAGCAUUAAACUGGAAAGAUGGUGACACAUUUACUCUUAAAUUUGGAGGGAAGAGGAGAUGGAAGGACACAAAUUUCUGGCAUUUUAUUAAUAGUGCCAGAAUAAUGGUAAUUUGCCAUCUUUACACCUAUAAAUUCUGAAACACUAAUGGAUCCUUUUUCGUCUCCUUUCCUAUGUCAGAUCCUGGGUGAGCUAUAUUAUUACUAAGUUCUUUCUUUGUUUCCAUGUAUGGCAAUCAGGCCGGGCAGAAGCAUUCCUUGGCCACUGGAAAGGAGUUCUGUAACAGUUAAGAAUUGUUUUUACUGAAUCAGGCCCUUAUUGCAGUUGAUAAUAUCAUAGAACUGAAGAACAAUCAACUCUUUCUUUGCCAGUAAUUUUAAAGUAGUACACUCAUUUCUCAUUGCCUAUACCUGAUUUGUCAUAUGUGAGAUGUUGAGUUGCAUAAACAAAUAUUAAGUUUUAAUGGGAAAUCAGAAAUGAAAGUAAUAGAUAAUAAAAUUCUGCCAUGUAAAAUAUUGUAGAUGUGGAAAAGUGUGUAUGUAAUUAGGAUAACAGAAGCAUUCAUUUUCCUUUGAUUUUUGUCAUGGUACGAAUUUAGACUGUGGUCAUAACCUCUUGUGUUGAUGUAGAUUCCCAAGGUACGUUUUCUAUCUCAUAACAUCUCCAUUGUCACAUAUCUCUAGUAGCAUUUUUGUUUGUUUGUGUGAUACACCGUAUUUCCAUGUUAUAUAAUUUGGUUUUGUUAUAUUGUUGAAAUUCUAAUAAAAUUAAUGUUUGUUCCCCUUUAUGUGGCUCAAUAACUUUUCAGAAAUCAGAACAAUAUAAAUUUUUUUUAUUUGAGGCAAUUUGGAAUUUAUCAUAAUUAAGCAUCAUGUACUGUGCUUUUGUAUAUCAUCUGCAUGCUGUCCAAUUUAUUUCACUUUUCCUAGGCUUCCUGGAUUGUUCUAUGCAAAAGCCUUUUUUGUAUUCCUUUCCCCUCCCUUGUUCCUAGAUUUGGGUAUGCAAAGGGUAGAGAGCUAGUGGCAAGAUUAUUUUCCCAAACUCUGAUGAUGAUAAGGGACCUAACCUUAUUCUAUGCAAAACCUUUUUGUAACUGUUGUUUGACCUAAUGCCUAUUUUUUUUUUAUUUUGUUGAUUUGAAAAGUAUCUUUUAAAAGGAGGCUCAUCAAAAAUCUUUUAAAUUCAAAAUUCAUUAUCAGCUUGUGUUCUUUUUAAAGGCUGCUUCCUUUUGUCCUACCUUACUAUUUAUCCUACUACCUACCUGAGAUUCUGUGAAAACUUGGGUCUGACUAUCCACUAUUUUGCAAUACUACUGGUAAUACUUUUUUUUCUACUAGCAUAGGGAGUUGCAAGUUAAUAUGAUAGGGAUUUAUUAGACUAAAAUAAGAAAGUCAAAAUACAGUAUAGUGCAGGACAGCACUUUGUAAUUGCCUCAGCAGUUUAAGCCCAUGUGACUGUGAAUUAUAUUCCUGUGCAUUUUUGUAGCUAAUAGCCCUAUUUAAUUAAAAUGAAAUUAUUUCCAUGACACAAAAUGUAUUUUGACUUUAGUGUAUACUUCACUAAUUAAUUUCUCCUUUGGAGAAAAAAUUGCUGUAUAAUUUUUCUAAUUUGUUGAUGCUCUGUGAAUGUUGUAUCACCUAAAAUUUUACUUGCUAUUUGUUUCUAGUAUGGAGAUGCCACCUCUCAAAAUUUUAGCAUAAAUCAGAAUUACAGAAGCUACCAAGAGAUUGGAUUAAUAGCCUUAAAAAAAGAGCAAAAAUGACCAUGUGAAUUAAAGAAAAAGAUUCUUGGUAUCUUAUUAAUCUAGAGACUUAAUGUGAGGGACUUUAUGAAAAUUUAGACUUUAUUGACAUCUUUAGUAAGAUAGACUUUUUAUAUCUUGGGCCUUUUGCACAACUGGUUCUUUUUUUUUUUUUCUGUUUUAAUUAAAUUUGAAACUAAAAGAGACCACUAAUUUUCAAAUAUCAAAGACUUAGAUGAAGUUUUCUGUUCCUUUGAAAUACAAUACAAAAUGAGUAAGACAUGAGAGUGUAAGAAACAAUUUGUAAACAAACUGAAUUAAAUGCAUUAGUUAGUAUCAUUUAGAUUGACCCUUUACCUAAAGUCUUUUAUGAAAUUAAAAUUAGCUGUGCAAGGAUUUCAGGUUGGUUCAAUUAUCUACAGUUUUCUUUUACUUAAUACAAGGAUCUGGUGAUUGAAAAUAAAAUAAAUAGAAGCAAACCUUUUUCUAUCAUUAUGACAGAAUUAUUCAUAGGUAAAAUUAAGUGAAUGAAAAUUCUAAUGCCAUAUGAUGCCAAACUCAACUAUAGCUGUGACUACCUUUGUGUUUGGAUGCUUAUCUCUGACGAUAAAACCUGAUUUUCACCACCCAUUAUCUAAACCUAGAACAUAAUGGAAUAUUAAUUAGUUUUGAACAUGUUCUAGCAUAUUAGAAAAAUUGUGCGCAAAAUUAUUAAUAGUUAUGGUUACUUCUUAGAAUGUUACACAUUUACAGCUUGAUUUAAAUGUGAAUGCAAGCUGUCUUUGUAAAGACAAAAUCAUUGAUUCGUUUAAAAUAUGAGCAAUUUACAUAAUGAUAAUUUUCCUUUUUGAGUCACCAUUCAAUUGCUUGUAGUAACAUCCAGGUAUUUAGAAACUCCAAAUAGUUUAUAGGUUCUUUAUAAACAUUGCAGUUUUUAUAGAUGUGAAAAUAAGUUCCCAAAGAUGGUUGGAAAUUGAAUGAACAGAUUAGAAAGUAAUAUGCAAUCUGACAAGUGGCUCAUUUCUCUUUUAUGGUACAGGUAGAGUUGGACUUUUAUGGUAACUAGGGAGACCUAGUUACAGGUGUGGGGAAUUUGUCGGCAAUGGAUGUUUUUUGCUUUAAAUUUGGUCUCAAGAACCAAUAGAUAGGGAAGAAAAAUUAAGAAAGCAGACUUGUUUCUUGCUAUUGGGAAAAAAAAAAAAAAAAGGUGGUUUAUGGUAAGUGUAACAUGCUGGUUACUGAAACCCUUAUGUAUUCAUUAUAAGCUUUGGGACAUUUGACAGGUUUUUUUCAGUUACUUUAUUAUAAUAUCCUAAACGUGAAAAACUUUAUAAACUGCUAUGUAUGACCUCAUGUUGUAUGGGCCAAGACUGCCUCACAAAUCUUAAUUUGUUUAUUCCUGUUACUAGUUUCUUCCUUUGUUUUUAUAUUCAUUUACCCUUCAGGUACACAAAAGAAAGUGUAAAAUUAUGCUUUUUAUCCCUUCUUACCCCCAACCCUUUUUUUAAUAUAAGUAGGUUUUCAGGAAAACUCUACAUCAUUAGUUACUGAGAUGUUUCAAAGUGAAUAAGCAUUUAUAUAGCUUUAUAUGUUUGCUAUGGAAGAUGAUUUUUUAUUAAUAGAGUAAUGAACCAAGGAAUAGGUUAUUAGGGAGAGCUAGUAAAUAUCUUUUAUGUGUAAACCCUCAUUAAAUUGGAAUUUGUUACAUUUUCUACAUGCUAGGUGGAAGUGUUGUUUUGUUUUUGCAUUAAUUAGGAAGGUGUUUUCUACAAAAGUUGAUAUGGAUAUAAAGGAGGAAAAAUGUAGAACCUGUUCAUAAACUACUUUCAUCAUAUGUGCUUGUAAAGAAUGAAUGCAAAUUAUUCUCACCUAUAUAUACCAAAAAUUAUCUAAAACAGGGUUGUAGUUCUCCAUGUAUUUUAAGAAAAAUGUCAUUUUAUGAUUUAAGUUCCAUAACUCAACCUUUUAAUAGUGUUGAUCUGACCCAGCCCCACUGAAGGCAACAUACUAUAAGGUUUUACUGUAUGCUUAAAUACCUGGAGUCUUUUCAAGAAAUCCUUUAAAACAGAGUAAUGGGGGGGGGGGGGGG